GAGAGAAGUGGUAAGUUGAGUUCAGUUUUUGACUGAACUCUGGAGCCAGCACUCCAGCCAUGAAGGUAGCCAGCAUCUUUCUUCUCACUGCCUUGGUCCUAUUGAAUUUAUCUGGUAGUACUACAGCUAACUUCCUGGAAAGAGAGGCUAAAUGUACAUAUGAAGUGAGUGGAUGUCCCAAGAUUUAUAACCCUGUCUGUGGGACAGAUGGAGUUACUUAUUCUAAUGAAUGCGUGUUAUGUAUUGAAAAUAAGAAACACAAGAUUCCUGUCCUCAUUCAAAAAUCUGGGCCUUGCUGAGAACCAAGGUUCUGAAAUCCCAUAAGAACACUGUGAUGCGGUGGCUGGCCUGAUUGUUGAAUAAAAUGCAUCUAAACAC